UCCUGCUGCUCACGCUUCCUAAGUUGCUGUAAACCAUAGCCGACUCUGAGCCCUGGUCCUCCCUCCACGUGGAGCAGCAGUUACAACCCGGCCGGGAGCCUGGCCUCUGGAGCUAGGCUGCCCCGCCUGCAAGCUCGGGUAUGCUUGGCUGUGACCCCGGGCAAGUUACUGAAAUGGGCUGCGCCUCAGUGUCCCCACCUGUAAGUCGGGACUGUCCACCUCACGGGCUUGCUCUGAGGCUCACAUCGGAAUGGGAAGUUCUCAGGAGGGCCUCGACUGUAAAGUAAGCGUGGUCCGCAAGCCGGGGUCUGAGUUUCCCUGCGGAAGGGCAGCGUGUCCACUGUACCUAGUGUGGUGCUUGCCGUGGUGCUGCCAUCGUGCGGGCCCUACUGGACCCUCCUCAUUUACGACGUCAGGGCUGAUCCACCUGGUUGUCAGGCGAAGCCACUGAGGCCCACCCAUUCCUGGCAGUCCUGACGGUCCCGCUCUUUCCUUGUCCCUGCAGGUUCGGGGCGCCUGCCCCCGACUAGGCCAAGUGGAGGGGGUCACCCCGUCCAAUGGGCCUGGCCAGGGCCCUGCGCCGCCUUAGCGGCGCCCUAGAGUCGGGGGACAGCCGGGCUGGCGAUGAGGAGGAGGCUGAGCCCGGGCUGUGCCGCAACGGGUGGGCGCCGGAGCCCGCGCCCCCCGCGCCCGUGGGCCGGCGCCGCGGGCGCUUCGUCAAGAAGGAUGGGCACUGCAACGUGCGCUUCGUGAACCUGGGUGGCCAGGGCGCGCGCUACCUCAGCGACCUGUUCACCACGUGCGUGGACGUGCGCUGGCGCUGGAUGUGCCUGCUCUUCUCCUGCUCCUUCCUCGCCUCCUGGCUGCUCUUCGGCCUGGCCUUCUGGCUCAUCGCCUCGCUGCACGGCGACCUGGCCGCCCCGCCGCCGCCCGCGCCCUGCUUCUCGCAGGUGGCCAGCUUCCUGGCCGCCUUCCUUUUCGCGCUGGAGACGCAGACGUCCAUCGGCUACGGCGUGCGCAGCGUCACCGAGGAGUGCCCGGCCGCCGUGGCCGCCGUGGUGCUGCAGUGCAUCGCCGGCUGCGUGCUCGAUGCCUUCGUUGUGGGCGCCGUCAUGGCCAAAAUGGCCAAGCCCAAGAAGCGCAACGAAACCCUCGUCUUCAGCGAGAACGCCGUCGUGGCGCUGCGUGACCGCCGCCUCUGCCUCAUGUGGCGCGUCGGCAACCUGCGCCGUAGCCACCUGGUCGAGGCCCACGUGCGCGCGCAGCUGCUGCAGCCCCGCGUGACUCCUGAGGGCGAGUACAUCCCGCUGGACCACCAGGAUGUGGACGUGGGCUUCGACGGCGGCACCGACCGCAUCUUCCUCGUGUCUCCCAUCACCAUCGUGCAUGAGAUCGACUCUGCCAGUCCUCUGUAUGAGCUGGGACGUGCCGAGCUCGCCCAGGCCGACUUCGAGCUGGUGGUCAUUCUUGAGGGCAUGGUUGAGGCCACAGCCAUGACCACACAGUGUCGCUCAUCCUACCUCCCUGGCGAGCUACUCUGGGGCCAUCGUUUUGAGCCAGUCCUCUUCCAGCGGGGCUCUCAGUACGAGGUCGACUAUCGCCACUUCCACCGUACCUACGAGGUCCCAGGAACACCUGUCUGCAGUGCCAAGGAGCUGGACGCUCGGGCAGAGCAGGCUUCCCACAGUCCCAAGCUGAGCUUCCCCGGCUCUCUAGCUGCAUUUUGUUAUGAGAAUGAACUUGCUCUGAGUUGCUGCCAGGAAGAAGAGGAGGAAGAGGAGGCCAAUGAGGAGAAUGGGGUGGAGACAGAAGAAGGGGCUGCUAGCCCCCGAGCUCUCACACCAACCUUGGCGCUCACCCUGCCCCCGUGAUGCAAGCCGACACGCCAUUCCCCUGUGUGCCCCUUUCCUCGUGGUAGCAAGAUGGAGAGAUCAGGCCUUUCCUCGUGGUGAAUGGGGGCAGAUGUUUCCCAAGACCAACAGGGGUAAAUGCUUAGCUGGAGAGGGUCUGCCAUGCCUGCUGGACCCACCAUGGACAUCCUAGACCUUCAUACCUCUUCUGUGCUCCCUCCUGAGACCCCUCUAUGAGCCUGAUUUCCUGAGUCUCACCAGAGACUGGAGGGAUCCAGAAUUCUGGGUCACCCAAGAGGCAAGAACUGGUGGUUCUAGAUUCCUCUGCAUGGCCAUUCCAGUGUUGUUGCGUCAGCUGUCAACAGCAUACAAGCCUCUGGGGGAGGAGGUGAGCAAUUUUUGGAGAGCAACAGAGAUCAAGAGUUUGUAGGUCUGGCUUCUCACCUCGGUCAACUGAGUAGCAAAUGAUUCAUUUUAGACCGUGUAUGGAGGGAAGGCUCUGGAAUGCACCAAGUAUUCAAGACCAUCUUGAAUGGCCAAAACACCGAGUGGUGACUGCAAGUCAAGGAAAGACCUUGUGGUUCCAGAAAGCCUGAGAGUUGAGAUUCUGUGGGCUGAGGUUGACUGCAGAGGCAAGCACUGCUGAUUCUAGAGUAGGUCUGACCUAGAGAGUUGAACUACUCCUGAAAUUAAGAGUUAUGCUUCUAGGGUACACAAGAUGAUGGCAAGUCUGGUGGUAGGACUGAAGCAACAAAUCGGGAGAUCGUGGUGGUAGAUGACUCCAACCCCCUGGCUGUGGAAGUUCUGGCUUGGGGCAUAAGCACCACUUCUCUCUUUUUAAAAUAAUUAUUUUAUUUAACUUUAUUCACUUAUUUAUUUUUUAA